AUGGUGUCAAAGGUCACAUGUACAAUUGCCUGCCUUCAGGACUGCAGCUCGAAAAAUAUAACUGCAGCAGCAGGAACCAGUAGUAAUGAUGACUUAUCAGUAAACUCUAGAAGUGACAACAAAACCUAUAGAGGUGGAAGAUCAAAAAGGGAUAUGUCACUAUCCAAUGGGGCAAUAAGUGCUCAGAACAAUGUAACAAAGCCCAGCCCAAUUCUUAAUCUCGUGGCACAGUACAUCGGUCCUGAGAAAGUGAACUUAACGUGGACAGUGAACGACACUGCUUCGAACUCCUACACGUACAGGAUAGAGAUUAAAAGUGAUGGUACUGCAGAUAGGAACCUGAUGUCCAAUGUCACCAGAGCUGAAAUUGCCGACUUACAGCCUGGGACGUUGUACACGUUCACAGUAUUUGCAGUGGCGGCUGAUGCUCAGACAGAAGGAGAGGGAGUGCCCAUAAGCCUGUAUACCUGGCCGAGCCCCAUUCUUGAUCUCAAGGCCGAGUAUGUUGGUCUCAGUUACGUCAACUUAACGUGGACAGUGAACGACGCUGCUUCGAACUCCUACACGUACAGGAUAGAGAUUAAAAGUGAUGGUACUGCAGAUAGGAACCUGACGUCCAGUGUCACCAAAGCUGAAAUUGCCGACUUACAGCCUGGGACGUUGUACACGUUCACAGUAUUUGCAAAACCAGCCAACAAUAUGAGCGAGGAAUUAGGAUUGUCCGCAAGCCUGUAUACAAGGCCGAGCCCCGUUCUUGAUCUCACAGCACCGUACAUCGGUACUGAGAUAGUGAAUUUAGCGUGGACAGUGAACGACGCUGCUUUGAACUCCUACACGUACAGGAUAGAGAUUAAAAGUGAUGGUACCUCCCCUAGGAACCUGACGUCCAAUGUCACCAGAGCUGAAAUUGCCGACUUACAGCCUGGGACGUUGUACACGUUCACAGUAUUUGCAGUGGCGGCUGAUGCUCAGACAGAAGGAGAGGGAGUGCCCAUAAGCCUGUAUACCAGGCCGAGCCCCAUUCUUGAUCUCAAGGCCGAGUAUGUUGGUCUCAGUUACGUCAACUUAACGUGGACAGUGAACGACGCUGCUUCGAACUCCUACACGUACAGGAUAGAGAUUAAAAGUGAUGGUACCUCCCCUAGGAACCUGACGUCCAAUGUCACCAGAGCUGAAAUUGCCGACUUACAGCCUGGGACGUUGUACACGUUCACAGUAUUUGCAGUGGCGGCUGAUGCUCAGACAGAAGGAGAGGGAGUGCCCAUAAGCCUGUAUACAAUUCCUGCUUCAGUGACUUCAUUUCAGUGUGAACCAGUGGUCAGAGAGUCUACCCUAACACUCAAAUGGAAAUGUCCUAUUGGUAACAAUUCUGGCUUCAAAAUUAAAAUAUUUAAUGAUACGUGGGGAAAAGAACAACAGAUUUCACGCUGUACAGGAGAAAACUCAGAAGAAACCUUCAGAAUAGGAUCUUUAAAUUAUUUCACCACCUACAAUGUUAGUAUCACAACCCUUUCAGAUACAAAGGAAAGCUCUCCGGUGCAGAAAAUGUGCAAGACAAGCAUUACUGACCCACCUGCUCCUACUAAAGGUCCUUUCGUCAAGGCAAUCAGUCACACCUCCUUGUCUGUUGAAUUCUCUGAUUUUGAGUCAGUAAAUGGACCGUUAAAAGCCUAUGCAGUAAUCAUCAUAACAGAAGCACCAGAAGGUUGUGGGUCUUCAAAGCCUCAGCUGAACAACACAUACAAAGACUUUAAGCAAAAGAAGACGGCCACAUAUGUAACAUAUGUUGUAGAUACGGGACAAGCAAAUGAGUCAUCUUUACGUUCUCGGAACAGGACACUCACAGUUAAUGUAGGCACUGGAAAUACUGUGCGUGGCUAUGAAAAUGGACCACUGAGUCCACUUCAUUCAUACAGGGCACGUGUGGCGGGUUUCACUAGGAUAAACUUUACUGAGGCUGACAUCAUUGUGGGAGAAUACAGUUAUGCAUCGUUUUCACCUUGUUCUGAGCAGGUUUUGUUGCCCCAGGAUCCAGGUCUUAUUGCUGGCGCUGUUAUUGGAUGCCUUUUAGCUAUAUUGGCUGUGGUCGCUAUAGGAGGUUACAUAUUCUGGAAAAGGAGAAGGAAAGAUAGAAGAAAUACUGAAAUGUCCUUUUCUCCAAUUAAAGUCAAGAAAUCAAAACUGAUUAAAGUGGAAAACUUUGAGCCCUACUUCAAGAAGCAGCAAGCUGACUCCAACUGCGGUUUUGCUGAAGAGUAUGAGGAACUCAGGCCUGCUGGUGUUCAUCAGCCCAAAUUUGCUGCUGAACUUCCUGAAAACAGGGGGAAAAAUAGAUACAACAAUGUCUUGCCGUAUGAUAUUUCUCGUGUUAAACUUUCAGCCCGAAGCCUUGCAGCUGAUGAUUACAUUAAUGCCAACUAUAUGCCUGGUUAUACUUCAAAGAAGGCAUUUAUUGCUGCACAAGGUCCUUUACCCAAUACUAUAGAUGACUUCUGGCGCAUGAUUUGGGAAAAGAAUAUCUACUCUAUUGUUAUGUUGACCAAAUGUGUUGAACAAGCCCGGACAAAAUGUGAGCAGUAUUGGCCAGAUAAUCAGUCCAUGAGAUAUGGUGACAUUAUUGUGACAACGAUCUCAGAGAUUGUCCUCCCAGAAUGGACAAUAAGGGACUUCAGCGUAGAAAAUUCCAACGCAUCAGAGAUUCACACGGUGCGUCAGUUCCACUUUACUUCCUGGCCAGAUCACGGAGUGCCAGAGACGACAGACCUCCUCAUCAACUUCAGGCACCUUGUUCAGGAAUACAACAGUCAAAAUCCUGUCGACUCUCCUACUCUGGUGCAUUGCAGUGCUGGUGUCGGAAGGACGGGGACUUUCAUUGCCAUCGACCGUCUGAUCCAGCAGAUUGAAAUGGAGAACACUGUGGACGUGUAUGGGGUGGUAUAUGACCUCCGUAUGCAUCGACCUCUGAUGGUGCAAACUGAGGACCAGUAUGUCUUCCUAAACCAAUGCGUUAUGGAUAUAAUUAGAUCCCAGAAAGACAAAAAAGCAGAUCUUAUUUACCAAAACAUGACAGCAAUGGCAAUCUACGAAAAUUUCACACCUGGGCCAGGCUUUGGGAAGGCCAAUGGCUACCACGCAUAGCCUGGAAGGAUGGCAGUGUCUCCAGGAGGUGUUCUCUGCGUGUAGGAAAGGGAACUGUUCCAUUCUUGUUUUCCAGGAUUGUGUUUCAUGUCUGGUUUUCUCCAGUUCUGUACAACUGAUUUGAAGACGUGAUCUACAGGAGGAAAAAAACCAAUGCUGGCAGGAGCCACAGGUCGAUAUAAAAAGAAACUAUUUAAAGUUAACAGAGGAAUUUUGCUUUUUCCUGGGAAUUUAACAGUACUGAUAGGUGAAAUCGCAUUUGCAGUACAGAUGGUGAACUAGAAUUUAAAUAUUAAAAUAAUAACACAGGCUUUUUAUUACAAUUUUAUAUGAUUUCAUUUACAGACACCAAGCUUGUGGGCUAUUUUAAUAUAUUUAAUUAUUAGUUUCAGGAACAUAUUUUAUCUACUGUAUCUGGUUACUUAGCUAAUAGAUAUGUGCCUCUGAUUUUUUCUGAGUGUUCCUUUUUAUUUAAA